ACACACACGAUGGGGGGCGGAAGGGGGGGCGUCUUGCCUUGAGGACCACCUUGCUUGCACCCAUACCCUGAGGAGACGGAGGAGGAGGAGGAAUGGAGGAGGAGGAGGAGUGUAGUGUGAGGGUGCGCGAGAGAACCAGGGAAACACCACCCCCACCACCUUGCCACCCCCACCGCCACCACCUCCGUAGCACCAGCAGCACAACCACCCCGACAAGUCUUGGGUGAAUAUUCGCCAUUUGCCAGCCACAGGUGUGAGGCGCAGGUGUUAUCCUCGACCCCCCGCCGCCGCCACCACCUCCACCACCACCACCGUCGCCGUUGUCACCACCUUCACAACAACACCGGAGACACGUUGUCGUCAUUACCUUUAUUAUUAUCCCUUCCUUACUUCCUUCUUCUUGUGUAUGGGUGUGUGUGGGUGGGUGUGGGUGUGAGGGUGGGCAGGAAGCGAAGACUACCGCGGUGUGUGUUCUUUCCUCAAGUCCCCCCUUUGUCGGUCGCCGUGGUGCGCUGGGUGUGUGCGGGGCAGCGAGGGGUCAUGUCGAGCAGCAGGAGGAGGAGCAGGAGGAGUGGUGGUGCCAGCCGACGGUUAAUGUUCCGCGAGCGGCUGCGCACUGCCCGCAGAUCAAUAUCCCACCACAUGAAGCCCGCGGGAGGCAGUGUUGUGUGGGCCCUCGACACGUCCACACCGCAGCGCCCAGACGUGUAGGACCGCUGGCUAGGCACGGCUCCCCUCGUCCCUUCUCCCCCUCACCCCAAGCCUAGGACACUCCGGCAUCCCCCUUCCUCUCUUUCCCCUUUCUUCCUUUCUUCCCUCUCCCCGCCCGCCUACCUUUCCCCUUCCCUCCGUGCCUCCUUUCGUGGAACUCUACGGAGGGUGCUCGAGGCCCCGACGAUACGCUGACGGGCCGAGGGGAAGUGAAGGCGUAUGUCCGGACCUGUUUGGUAGCCUUCCCUGAGAGACAUAGGAGGCGGCGGCAACGAAGAGGCCCUCCGUCAACAGGACCCAACACGGAAAGGACACGAAGAGAGAGACACUGUGAGACGGACGAAGCGGGAGAGAGAGAGUGAGAGCGCGCGAGAGAGAGGGCCAUGCAGAGAUGAAGUCGAUGAUCCAAGGAGACAGUCCCAAACAAACAGAUUAGACGCAGCAAGACAAGAGACAGCAUUAUCUCCCGUCGUGUGUGUCUGUGUGUGUUUGUUUCUCUCUCUCUCUGUCUGUGUGUUCCCAUAACUAUACUACUCUCCCUUCCUCCCUCCCUCCUCUCCCUCCCCUCUCCCCUCCAUCUCUCUCCUGCCCGCUCGCACCCGGCGCCAUGAACCAGAUAUUAAAGUGACCGGGUCGCCUCACUUACCUGCUCCGCUAUGAAAGGUUGUUUCCCCUGGUUGUCGUCCCCGCCACCACGACUGCCUCUCCUGGUCGUGGUGGUCGUCUCCCUCACUCACCUGUCGGCUGCUACAGAGCAAUAUCGGCGAGUCUCUACGUGGUAUGACUCAGACUUCAGCCUCAAGCUGCCCGAGGACUUCCCCGCCAACGCCACCAUCCUCAGCCUCGCCCCCGUGUCGCCCCGCCGCUCCCCUCUGCGCACCGACCUUCUGGGUGGCGGAGGCGGGGCGGGGGGCGACACCCUGCCGGAGCUGAGAGUGCCGAGGGAGAGGGAGCAGAACAGCAUCUCCUCGUCGGCGUGGGUGAAGUACGAGCUCCUGGAAAACAAGCUGGACCUCUUCCAAAUCCACCAGAACCCGAUGACUGGCGUGAUGAUCCUCUCCCUACGCCGACCCUUUGCCUACUCCGACUGGGCGAACCAUGAACCCUUUCGCCUGGUGGAGGCUGUUCUUGGACCUGUCGGCGCGGUCUCCAAGACUAAGUGCGGCAACGGGAAGCGAGGCAACGGCAAGAACGGCAACGGGAGGAUAAGAAACGGCGAGGGAGGGGUCGGCAAGGACUGUUCGAGGGGCGACCCGGAGGCAGACCGUGACAAGGGAAUCAUCUACGUCAAGAUCCAAAUCGUUAACAGCUUCAAAUGCGAUAAGCCGCCCGAGGCCGCCUGUUACCUGCCGGAGGAGACGCUGAAGCUCAUUCAGUGGGAGAACAGCCGCUCCUUCCACCUCCUGGGCCUGCCGUCCCCCGCCACCACCUGCCCCAACCUCGUCUCCGCCUACAGCAUCACCAUGACGCCGCCGCCUGGGGACAACCGGGAGGCCGAGCUGUGGACGCCCAAGGAGCAGCUGACGGUGACCUCCACGACGCUGGAUCGAGAGCGGCGCGGGGAAACGAUCAACUUCACGGUCACCUGCGCCCUCAAGUACAAGGGGAAGCCCGUGCUGGCGCCGCAGACCAAGCAAGGAACACUCACUAUCCUGGACGAGGACGACUCGCCGCCCAUCAGAAGCCGCCGCCUCUCCGUCGACUGGCACUACAGCAACAAGACGGACGACCUGGACGAAAAGCUCAUGGUGGUGGACGCGGACCUCACCGAAACCAACAACUACAAGAUGGAACUCGUCGGGUCCACCUACAACCUCGUCACCAUCCAGAGCGUCAACAAGUUCAAGGUGUCGGCCUCCGUCUGCUCCGGCGAGGUCGAGGGCAUCAACUUCACCGCCGACUGCACCGUCCUCACCCCACUGCUGAUGCUGAACCAGACGCGCCUCACGCUCAUCACCCUCAACCAGAGUGGCCAGACGGGCGCCCUGCCGCACCGGAUACACUUCUCCGUGGUCUUCAUCGACACAACGCUACUCAUGCCCGGAGAGUCACGCAAGGUGAUGUACAACGUGACUCUGACGCUGCCCGGCUUCGUGGUCUACGACCCCACCAAGAGCACCGCGCCGCCGCACUCCAGCCCGGACUGCGACAACGAACAAUUCCGUCUGCUGUGGGAGAUGCCGCCGACGGACCUCAACAUCACUGUAACCUUACCCGCCACCCGCUUCCAACGCCUGGGUCAGCUCGGAAACCAUGACCUCAAGUACCCUCUGGCGCCGGGGCUGCCCUACACGCUCAACUUUACCAUCGUGGAGGAGCCCGGGGAGGGGGGUGGCGCGGGGGUCGGCAUCACGCCCGUCACCGGCAUCCUGUACGUGAGUGAUCCGACGCUGUUGCGGAGCGGCGAGUUCGUGGUGGAGCGCGGCAACGGCACCGCCACCACCAUCAUCAGCCUGCUGGUGCUGGAGAGUGUCGACCCCAAGCUGGCGGAGAAGUGCCAGCCCAAGGUCACGGAGAGCGCAGACGUCGAAGAUGUGGCCGAGGAAACUGAACCUACGUGGUGUAGCUCCUUUUACUACGAGGAUGAGUGUGAGGGGGCGUGCGGGGUGGGCAGCGCCGGGGGGUGUCAGUGGCGGCCGUACCAACCCACGAACUACACGGUGAGCGAGAAGUAUGGGGCCUGCUCACCCAACCUCUCCACGUGCCCCGACCAGGUGUGUGACGAGCUGGAGAUGAGCUUCCAGAGCAUCUGCCCCUACGACUGCGUGGUCGAGGAACAGAUCAACAGUCGCAUGGUGAAGCUCAGACCCAACAACCGAGGCAUCGAGGCGGGCUUCGGCGUCUGCUCCUGCAACUCUGCGGGCUGCCAGUGUUUCUCGGCUAACAAGUACAGACCCGAUACGUUCAAUGACUCCGAGUCGCCGCAAAAGACGCCUACCAUGCCUCCCUGGUGCAACAACGCGUGCAAGGUCGGCGUGAGCUUGGCUGGUUUCGCCUUCCUCAGCCUCACCCUCUUCUGCGGGGUGUUCUGCAGACGUCGGGCGAUGAAGCGAGGGAAGCAGAAAGGCGGCGUCAUCUCCCUCGGCGCCCUGCCCAGCGAAGACCGCUCCUCCUCGACGGCCUACAACUCGCGGGAGACGCACGAUUCGGUCAUCCACGGCAUCAGGUCCUCCCCGCGCGGCGACAACCUCAGCCUCAUCCCUGCGCUCAAUCUCACGAUCGACAGAAAGUGGGAAUUCCCUCGAAACCGGCUGGUGAUUGAACAGACUCUCGGGGAAGGCGAGUUCGGGAAGGUGAUGAAGGCGAAGGCGCAGGGGAUCGGCGGGAACCUGGGGUACACGACGGUGGCGGUGAAGAUGCUCAAGUCCAACAGCACCCCGGCGGAGCUUGCUGACCUGCUGUCCGAGUACUCCCUGCUGAAGGACGUCUCGCACCCCAACGUGGUCAGGCUCCUGGGGGCAUGCACCUCCAAGGGCGGCCCCAUCUACAUUAUCAUCGAGUACUGUCAAUAUGGAUCUCUCAGGAACUAUCUCAAGAGGUCACGCCACGCCGAGUUUGAGAAUCGUGUCGGGUCAGGCCCAGCUGAGGGCACCACGGCCGACUACGCCAUCACACCCAAGGACAUUCUUUCCUUCGCCUGGCAGAUCUGCAAGGGCAUGGCCUACCUCACGGACAUGAAGCUGGUUCACCGUGACUUGGCCGCGAGAAACGUCCUACUGGCAGCGGGGAAGGUGUGUAAGAUCUCCGACUUCGGUCUCACGCGGGAUGUGUACGAGGGGGACCUGUACUUCAAGAGGAGCAAAGGCCGAGUGCCGGUGAAGUGGAUGGCGCUGGAGAGUCUGGUGGACCACGUGUACACCAGCAAGAGCGACGUGUGGGGCUUCGGCGUGUUACUGUGGGAGUUGGUGACGCUAGGUACGCCGCCCUACCCGGGAGUCACCCCCGAGCGACUCUUCUCCCUCCUGAAGGCCGGGUACCGCAUGGAGAGGCCUGACAACUGCUCCCAGGAACUGUACGAUGUGAUGCUGCAGUGCUGGGCGGAGGACCCUGCCAGACGGCCUUGCUUCCAGGAUCUGACGGACAUCUUCGAGUCGAUGAUCCAGGCCGACGUGGAGUACCUCGAGCUGCGGUCCCUCAUUGUCACGAACCGCGGCUACUUCGACGGGCUCCCCGACCCCAUGCCGCCGCAAAUCCUGGACGCGCCGAUUCAGUUCCAAGACUCCCCCCAGCCGAGUCUAGACCCCGCCACGCAGUCCUCGGCACCUCAGGGACCCCCGCAACUCAGCCUACAGGAGGUGCACACGACGAGAUCACCUGACUGGUCGCCGCCGGAGCUGGAGGAGGAACAGGUUGACUCAGACUCUUACCUUGUAGCUCGGCCCGCCAUGUCGCGACCACGGAGAGAGGAGUCCAGUGAGCCACUCCUCGGGUCCCCCACUGCGCCCACACACGCCCCGACCAUCACCACUUCUCACGCCCACAACCCGGCCUACUCCCCUACCAGCGAGACCCCGCCGCCGCCGCACGGGCACCAACACGGCCACCCACCCCUCCACUACUCGACCCUUGCCACGCGGCCUGAUGAGGAGGACGCCCACACCUUGGAGUGCAGUCGGAGCGAGGAGGACUCUGACAGCGGGCGUGCCACGGGGGACUCUGGGUACGCCACGGAGGAGGGACGCGGGCGGUGGAGGGCCGAGCACAAAGGUGGCAGCCGGGCGCCCCAGGCCUCCUCCCCCCGGGGCUCCUCCUACUCACCCGUCCCCCGCCACGACGACCCCGAGGACGACCCCGAAGACGACCAGGACACCUCCGAGGACCUGGAGGAGAGACAAGAGCUGCUGGCUGAGGACCUCUUGGGACACCUCACGCCCAGCCCAGAGCCCGCCCAUACCGCCCAUAGCACCACCCGCACCGCCCACACCAGUCAUGCCGCCCACCUCACCGCGGUCAUCGUGUGAGCCUCCCGCCUUUCCUCUCCUGCACAUCACCUCACCUCUUCCAGCGCCGCCGACGCGUAGCUCGUGGAACAGACAGGAGCACCGCCGGAACACCUCACGCACGCCUCUUAGUGUUUCACCUCCUGACGCCCGAGUCUUGGUGGCGUCCACGCGGAGGGUCGGAGCACGCAGUGUCGCGACGUGCGGUGACCUCCCUCCUUUCCCUCCUUGACUCUCCCAGCAGUGCAAAGGAAGAACAAAACGGGCGCUUCAGACAACUGCCACGCUUUCCUGAGUUUAGGGUUCACAUGAAUACUUUUUCCCCUCGGCAUUGGCCCGGCAUGCAGAAGUCCUGUGUGCCCUCACUGAGACGAGUCGUUCCCAGUCCUCUCACGCCCCUGUUGUCGGUGUUGAGGAGGUUGCCGGAAACCUUUCACUACGUUUUAUUUCGUUUUGUUCUCCGUUGAGGCAUCGGUGGUAAGUACCAAUCCCUCACCAGGCCUUCAGAAUGCUUCGUCUAGGGCAUGUAGGCUUCACGGUAGUUACGUGAGUCAGGAUGGAACUCCUUCAAGCGUAACUCGACAUUUGACGGACUGCACGGCUGGGCUGGAGCAGUUUGUAACUUAUGCCUUCUGAUGAAGAGACUCUUACCGUUUGACCCAUUCCUAAAUGUAAAUUGAGCUUAGUUGCUAUCCACCUCAGUUUGAGUCAGAAGCGUCAGCUUGUCAACUGCCCUUCCUUCUUCCCUCCCCCUCGCCCCCCCCCCUCCCUUCCCCACCUCACCUGAGCUGAAGUCAAGAUUAGGAGUGACGUGAUGAAAGGAUCAAAACUUACCAUGGUGGUCUGGCCAUAGUUGUUAUGAUAGACAUAUAAAUUUUGGCACUAUGUUAAGAUGUGGCACUCCUGUCUGUUUAUUUAUUUACUUAGUUAUCUACUUAUCUUUAGGGGUGCCUCUCGGCCCACGCUGACCUCGUGGGCUGAGGGCGUCACCACACUCCACCCCAGAGGGCGUGCUCCGUGGUUGCCAAGUCAUUUGGUGUGUGUAUGUGUGUGUGUGUGUGUGUAUAUAUAUAUAUAUAUAUAUAUAUAUAUAUAUAUAUAUAUAUAUAUAUAUAUAUAUAUAUAUAUAUAUAUAUAUAUAUAUAUAUAUAUAUAUAUAGUUUUCUGAUUUUUUUUUUGUUAUACACAAAAAAAUAUGCAUCUCACUUUCAGUCCAUUAAUCUUGGCAUCAUGUUUUUUUUUUAACGAUUGAACACCAGCAUCAAAAAUAAUGAUUGAUAAAUAGAUAAUACGGGUACACGCUGUAAUUAUAUAAUAUAAGGAUUUGAUGCAGCAGUUGAAGAAAAUACAAGUCAUAAAAUGAUGUUCCGAACACGUGAAGGAGGCGCACACCGCGGUGGUCGGGGCCGUUACAAAGGCGGACACCCCGGCGCCGAGACGCUCCGAGACUGUAUUCGAACAAACGCGACGUGUCUGCGAGGGUGGGCGAGGCGGCCAGCACGGCAGGGGUGGCCGCGGCCCCGCCCAGGGACAAAGCUUAACCCUAGUCUUUGAGCUUAACAUGCAACCUGCACUGCUGGGGCUGUAGAGGCCGUGCCCCCAUGGGCACCCCCCCAAAAAAACACCGAAGAAGGGCGGGCGGGCAGCUAUACAAGUGUUCACUGUGCUGGGGUGACCAAAGGGUGAGUCGUAGAGUUAAUUUUUUUGUACGUAACGGCGCUGUAGCUCAAGAACAAGACAGCUGUGCCUAAGGUGCUGUUUAGUGAAUGUGAUGGGGCGCCACGCUGGUCGUCACUGUUGGGGGUCGUCCUUCAAGCACAGCCGCGCACACCAAGACCAAACACACACACACACACACACACACACACACACACACAUACGUAUUAGUACGUUACAUAUCAGUGGGGAAUGCAGUCACUUAGUGAUUAUUGCGAUUAUGUCCGUCCUCGAUUUGUCACGGUAACCUGAUUUCAGCAAGUAACCAACUCGCCAGGCGAGGCAAAGACACCACCGGGCGAUUGUUGCAGGCUGUGGCGAUCUCGCAGCGAUGGGUUAUUCUUGUAGCAGCAAUAGAUUUACAAUUUUUGCGGCAAAAGCAAUCUUUUAGCAGAGAUAAGUUACUAUAUAGCGGUGAUGGGUUACUAUCCGUAGCGCCAAUAGAUGUCUUUUAGCGACAAUACGUUACCAUUUCUAGCACAAGCCGUUACAUUUCAGUGGUCACAGGCUACUAUUCUAGUUCUGACAGGUUAUUAUUUUUAGAGGCAAUGCGGUAUUUUAGUGACAUUAGGUUACUAUCCUAAAAAUUAAUGUUACUGUUUUAGUGGUGGUAGGUUGGUUACUAUUUCAGUGGCAAUAGGUUACUAUUGUAGAAGCAAUUGGCUACUUUCCUUAGUGGCCUAGGGUCACUAAGAGACAGGUGGAGUUUGUAUUUGUAACCUCUGUGUGCAAAGAGGCUUGGCCCUCCUGACAAAAUCUUGUUAAAGCUGAAAAAAAUAAUGAAAAUGGUGGAAAUACUUAGACAAUUCUGGUGUGUUGCUGAACAUGCAAAGUCUCUUAAUCCUGCCAAGCAAAGUAAUGUUACCCUGAUAAGCAAAGUAACAUAACCCUGCCAAGCAAAGCAACAUAACCCCGCUAAGCAAGAUGACCUAGCUCUGUCAAGCAAGGUAAACCAGCCCCUGCCAAAAACAAAGUAGGAGCCUAACUCCACCAAAUAACAGAACCUAACUCUACCAAAUGAAGUAACCAAAGCCUGCCAAACAAAGUAACUUUGCCUUUCACCAAGUAAAGUAACAUAAAAAUUAUAUAUUAUAUCCUGAUCAGACCAAUUUCUCACAUGCUUCGAAAAGUACAUACAUAACCAUCCUUGCCAAGCAAAGUAACCAAACCACACCAGGUCAGGUAACUUAACCCCACAAAUAAACCAACUCAGCCGUACCAAGUAAUGUAACCAAACCCAGCCUAGCAAAGUAACCAAAUUCCCUUAUUAAAUGCUGUUACAUAGCAUUUUGAAACUCCUUUGAAGAAUGGCCCUCCUCUGCCUCCGUUAGUGUACAAGACAAGGCAACACCCGGCAGACACUCGGCACAGCAGGCGGUGGUCUGGUAAUGGAAUGAGAAAAGAUUGGGAGUGUCUCAAGUACCGCUGUUUAGGACGUAAUGAUAAGUAAUGACAGCAGAAAAUACCAGCAGCAUCAUAACCAUAUAUAUUUUUUUUAACCAAAUAAGACAUGUAGUUAAUUAAUCAAAAUGAAAACCUAGCAAAAUUAAUUGAUGCCAAGAUUGAAAGUGAACAAAAUUAAAGAAAAAGAACAUGCCUUUAUUUACCACUUUGAAGAUAAUUACCUCAAAAUGUUAAUAUUAGCAGAAAUAAACAAUAUAUUUGGGAGCCGUCAUUCCACUGUGUGGAAUCAGUGUGGGGUAUGAUGCCCCCACUAAGAUUGGCCACCAUAUAAGGAGAAUAAGGACUGUUUGAGGAGAUUGUAGUUCCUCUUGCUGGGGAAUGGAAUGUCUGAUUAACUUCUAUUGUUUUGCUGUUUAAUAGUAAUCUUCUUUCAGAAAUAUCAUGCAAAAGUGAUAACUAAAGGCAUGUAUGUUUCCUAAGUUUUACCAGAAUUUUGUCUUGUUUCUUUAGCAACCAGUGGUGCCAUGUUUCGUUCUGUCAUCAUGCCGAGUGGGUGUGAAUUACUAUAUAGGUUUAUGAGCUCAGCUAAAUGUCGAUCAAAUUUUUACUUGAAAUCAGCUGUCUGGGGGCAUGAGCGUUGUGGCUGUUGGCUCUCCAGCAACUCAUAGUUAAGCUCUUAACUUAAGGAUCCCCAAUGAAGGCACUGGCUGUGUUGUGCCACUCUAGCUGUCACAUCAUAGUCCUGUGAGUCCUGAGGGCAGAGUCAGGCAUGGCAGUCUUGAGGAUUGGCUCAGUACCCCAGUUGUUUGUAGGGAAGUUCACGGCAUUCUUCACUAAACCAACAAAUCAUUAUGACCUAUGCCUCCGUGCAGCCAAUUUUCACUUUUAAAUGUAGACUAAAACUAACCAACCUAAGUAUCAUCUCAAUCUUUUUAUUCAUGAAUAAAUAAAUAAUUUGAAUGUGGAACUUAAGUCAUUCUACUUGAAAAGACAUAAGAGAUAUUUUACAUAGUUGAGUGCAAGCUGUAAUUCAUUAUGCAGUGUAUUUCUUAUUGUCAUUAUUUGGCUGUUGAUGUCACAUCGUACAUUGUUGCUGGCAUAACUUAAGUAGUAAUACGUAUUUCAUCACACUCCUACCUUUGUAAGUAAACAGCAAGGUACAAACUGAUCAUAAUUAUUGAAAUAUUUCCCGUUAGUAUUUUAACAACAUGUUGCCUUUAGAUAUUUUAUUUCACUGGUUACUAAAUUAAAUCUGCAAGAUUUAGAACACUUUGAACCCUUAAGGUUGUUACAUAUAGAUCAGCAUCCUGCUGUUGUGAAACACUCCACCAUUUACUUAAACUCCUUCUCCUCCUUCAGUUGAGCAGUUGCACUGUAAUCUGAAUCCAUGGCAGUUUGCAACUGAUUUAAACUUGAUCUCUUAUACUGACUUAUAGAGAUAAGUCAUGUUCUGAUACAUCUCUAUAAUUUCACUUUUCACAUAAACACAUACUCCUAAAUAAUCUCUGAUCAGGCAUUAUCUCAAUGCCUACGUAUACUGAAUACAAUAUGUUAUGUCAUAGUCUUUGCCUUUUUCUUGUCUCAUAUACUUUUGUAGAAUCUAUAUUUCCACAGGGUGUUUUUUCAAUUGAUAAUUUUUGUGAGUGAAUUGAAGCCACAGAGAUGGAUCAUAAAAAAAUUCAAGCAAAUAUUAAUGCCUCUCAGUAUCAAAAUAUGUACUCAAGUUAAGUAUUCUACACUGGGCUCCACAUCUCUUUUGACUCUGUGUUGCCAGAAGACUCGCCCUCAUGCGGACUCCAAUUAACAAUCAAAAUGUGUAGUUUCUUCAUAACACUGCCAGUGACUUGGGAUGCCGCGAUUCGUAAAGAUUCUUCUUGACUUGUCACUUUGUACUGAGUCGGUGUCAACAGUACAUGAGCUGCCAAGUUGUGUCAUUCUGUACAUGAUAAUGAUGAGAUACACCAUUACUCCUGAGUACUCUCCUGCACAAGGUGACAUAAAGGAUUUCCGAAUUCAAGAAAAGUCUGACAUAGUACAUUAGUGAAAUAUAUUUAUUUUUUUACUAAUAGAAUGUAUUUAUUGGAAAAAUAAUAAUCCUCAGCAUUUUAUUGCCCUAUUCUUAAGCAUAAUAUGUGUAUAAAUUUGCUUGUGUAGUGAAGGUGUUGCCUCAAGUUGUGUUUUGUAUACGGUUCCACCCAUCAGUCUGUAUACUGUCAGUACCACCAAUACUGUUGACUGUGGAGCUGCCAGGGCCCUCAGAGUGUACCUCCGCUGAUUGUCAUCUGUGUUAGAAAAUUUGUAUCAAGUGCCGUGAGUACCUGAAUUGGUGUUGCCGGUGUUGUUGUCGUUUCCAAAUGUGCUGCUGACACUGCCCUUUUGUCAGCACUAAUUGGCCAGUGGUGUUGCUGGUACUGUCAACUGUAAUUGGCCAAUUUUGCUGAUCGAGUCAGCAAUCUGUUGGUCAGUGUCACUAGUACAGACAUUUUAAAACUAGUCUCCUGCCAAAAAAAGUCAUUGUGUUAGUCUGUGUUGGGAUUUGAGCUACAUUAGUCUGUGUUCUCCCUUCCCUCCUAGUCAGUGUUGCUGGUACAGCUGACCCUAUUACAUAGUUUGUGUUGCAAGUCCUGUUGACCCUCACAAUUCUUUAAGUAACAGCACACUCACCUCACUAGCCACGUGCUGCUGGAUCAGUCGAGCCAAGUUUAUGAUUCCGCACUCCCCACAGCGCUUUGGGCUACCUGUAGAGCCAGCUGGCCCCCAUAGCUUAAGUCACCUGGGCAGGAUGGGGGUUACCUGGGCAGGUGGACAUAACAUGGCUUACAGCAUGACAGACUUUAUGGUACAAUAAGCCCUGGGUCACUCACUGUGUUUCCACAUCAUCUGUUGCUCACUCUGAACCUUUGUGUCCUGGCAGCCAUGGAAGCCUCCAUGGCCCUGGCAGCCAUGGGUCACUUACCUCCAAAUGAUCAAAAUAUCAUCAUGAAGGGAAUUUCCUCUACUCAAGGCGUUAUCUGCACUGUUCACUGUAGAUGGUGUUUAUGUAGCGGAACUGAUCAGUGUCUGUGCACACAAAUGGAUUACCUGUCACCGCCCUACUUAAAUCAAAAGUAAUUUAGUACUAAGUAAUUAAUUGAUGUUAUGAUUUGGGGGCUUGUUGGACUUCAUCAUAUAUUUGCUCUAAAGUUUAUAUAUAUAUAUAUAUAUAUAUAUAUAUAUAUAUAUAUAUAUAUAUAUAUAUAUAUAUAUAUAUAUAUAUAUAUAUAUAUAUAUAUAUAUAUAUAUAUAUAUAUAUAUAUAUGUACAAAAUCAUAAUAUUAUUCCAAUAGAUCAGACCUUAGGGGAUUGUAUAAAGGAAUUUCCCAGACAACAUAUUUUCGGUAAUCCGUGAAGUGUAUGUUCCUUUGAUUUGAUUAUGGUACUUUGUAUGCCUUUUUAUUUUUGUAUGUAUUGAGUAGUUGUUGUUGUUAUUAAUAUUAUUAUCAUUAUUAUUGUUUCUAUCAUUAUUAUUAUUAUUAUCAUUGUUAUUACCAUCAUCAUCACCAUCAUCGUUAUUAUCAUCACCACAAUCAACAAAUAAUCAUCAUUAUUUUUAUUUUCUUUGUUACCAUAAUUAUAAUCACUCGUUAUAUUUAAUUCUCUGCAGGUAACUUUAUAACCUCUGUUAGUCCAUCACAUGAAAAUGUUUGAUAUGGCAAUUAAAAAUCUCCAUUUAUUAGUAUUCAUUUUGGUGUUUUGGGUGUUGCCAAAGUGUGUGUAAUUCAGCUUAGUUGCCUGAGGGACCAACUCCUAAGCUGCCCUGGCCAGCCCCAUCCCUCACGGGCGGUCGUGGGUGUAGCGUUCACUCUUUUGCCGUUGUGUGUUUUGUGUUGCACCCGCCCACUUUGUUGCAUCUUAUGUUGCAUGUGCUUUUUAUGCUUGUUAAGAAGGUGCUACUGGGACCUGUCUUAUGUGUGCUGCUUUUCAGAUUCUCCCAGGGAGUCUGUGGGGAGGCAGUAUUUUUCAUAAAGCCACAGAUUAGUGUAGGUGGGGUGACACCCACUGGAGGGACACUGUUGGUGAUUGAGAGGCUUAGUUUUUACCAUUCCUGGAAGUUAUUAUGUAUUUCAAGUGAUGGAUAUUUAUUUCACUCAGUGCUACUCUCCCAACUUAGUAUAUCACACACACACACACACACACACACACACACACACACAGAGGCAUAUAUACUUUCAUGCUGUUAGUUUAGUUUAAUUUGCCAGAUUUAUUUUCUACCUUAUUCAACAUCUACACUGAACUGUACAGAAGGUCUUAUGUCUGGUGUGUUGCUGGCCCAUCUUUGUCUCUCUUUACUUAGUAGUCAAGAAAACAUGAUUUUGUAUGUAUGAGAGAGAGAGAGAGAGAGAGAGAGAGAGAGAGAGAUGUCCCAGUGGUCUAACACAUUCAGCCCCACAGUACUGUCUGCCAAGGUCUGUGUUCGUUGGUUCACACAUGACUGACAUCACUUCCCAGCAGAGUCAGUGUCUCAGUUAUAUACUUUUUAAUCUCAGAGGAAACUGCAAAAAAAUAAGAAAACAAGAGCCUUUAUACUGAACUUGCUAUCCCUCACCAGGUAUAUCUUGCCCAGCACAAACUAUAUCAUGUAUCUGUAAGUCAAUCAAAUGUAAAAUAAUUGUACAAUUAAAAUAUUGAAAAUGA